UGCUUGCGAGGGGCCUCUUGGCAAUACGUUCUGUUGUACGCCGUACUUCGAUGUGACUUGUUGGUGAAAGCAGCACGGAUCACAACAUCAGGACAGCACCAGAAGGUAGUAGGCAUCUUUGCAUGAUUUGAAAGACUAAAGUUACCUUCGGCGUCACUGAAUCCCAAGUGUUUGGUCGAAAGCCAACCAAGUUUAGCGCUCCAACUUCAUUCGAACGCAAACGUUAUUAUUAGAGCUAAAAUGGAGGGUGACAGAGGCGACCUGAAAAACAGCACAGUAACUCUCUACUACCAGCAGAGAUCCCAAUCAGCAAGGUUACCGGUGCAAGCCCGUGUGCCUGCGGGCCCGGCUGCCAAGCUAGUCGGCAGCACACACACCCACGUUUACGAUGAGCGCCCUGUACCUCCGAAGUCCACCGCUGUUGGCGGCGAAGCUCCGAGCACAAGCCAGCAGGCGUGGGGACACAGCUCAACCCCUGGCCGUCUAAGGGCAACCGGAACCGGCCCUUACAGGACCAAGAAGGUUGUAUACUGGACAGGAAGAGAUCACCACAUCGUGGACGCCCCAGAUGUGCCGGACAACCAAUUCCACUGGGUUCCACCGCAUCUUAAGCAGGAUGAUGUCGCGCCGGGUCCUCAGCUGGCGGUGCGCGAAACGCCAGGGGCAUCACGUGUUAAGCUGAUCGGGUCCAAGUACAGGUACCUGCCCACCAUGGAGCCCAACGGAUCGAGCAUGUGGGCCAUCAGCCCCGAGGAGGCCAUUCUGUACGGCAGCGUGGGCAGCAACACAUGGGGCAGCAGCGGUGUGGCGGGGCCGGCGGCCGCCACCGGCAGCAGCAGCGGCAAGCCGCGUCCGUUCACGGCUACGGGCCCGCUAUGUGGCAACUUGGACGCCUUUGGGCGGCAGCGCGUCAUGGGCUACAAGGACUACGAGGCCGCCUCCAAGCUCCUCAACGGCGUGGGCAGCUGGGAGCGAACCCAGCGGCACCUGUCGUCCUCCAUGGACGUGGGCCGCCCCUCUAAGCUCAUGUCCUUCGCCCAGCAAACCGCCUCGUUCAAAGGCCUCAACGUAGCCAGGUAGUAGGAUCCCUCCGCUGUCCCGAAGCAAGGCCUUGCUUGUGCCAGGCUGCGUCAGCCUGUGCAUUGGAUGUGGAGCACUGCUGUGGACGGUAGAGGCGCCGCAGCCUGCGCUUGCGCUUCUCCCGCGUCCAUGCGCAUUUCUAGGCCGCCCGUAUCCAGGGUGACAGAGAGGAUGCGGUACUGAGAGCAUUGGACGAGGUGCUAGGAACACAGUAGACAUUCACAGCGCACUCUACUGGUUUGUCGCACGUGGCGGGCGCCUGUGGUGGGUGUCGGCUGCAUUCGUGUCUGCACGCACUUGGUGGACUUGACACGACGCAUUAUGGAGGUAUAGGAGGUAACCAAUAUACAUUGCUGUGUGCUUCCAGAGUGACGCCGAAUAAAGAAUGAACUUGAACACAUCACGGGGUUUAGAUGGGUUCCGGAGACGUGUUGGGGUUGGGGAUGGGACGUGCAGGGGGAAUCACUGCAAACCCCUUAAACUCUCAAACAUGUUAAAAAAUGGGCCGUGGCGGUGGGCGAACAGGUUGCAGGAGCUUGCACUGCGGGAUGACGAUGGCGUGCGUUGUGCGGGAUGACGAUGGCGUGCACGAUGCUUGGGUGCAGUCUGAAACGCAUUGGAGGUCGCUCAUGCAUGUACGUCGAUUACCAUACGGGGCGCGGCCCCUGGAGGUAUCUGUGUGUGCGUUUGUGUGCCUACGUGAUAUUAACUGUGUACACGUGUUGCGGUAUGCCUGUAUGCCAUAUGAUGAGUACCGUAGUGUGCUUGGGUGGCCCCCUCAUGGGUGCUUCCCAAGCCCGUUGAUGCGAAGCGCAGCUCUUUUCCUGAGCAAUCGCUUUAGCAGCCCGCGCUGUAUUGGGGAACGCUGGCAGUUUGUUGCGCAGGGGCGUAUGUUUCUAGCUGGAUGGUCGUUAGCUGCUGGUGUGCUGUGAUGUUUCUCAUACUUAUAGUAGGUGGCAGAGUGCCGUACCUAAUCCUGAGGUGUCGUUGCCUUAAGCAAAAAAGGUACACCUUGUAUAAGGGUAUAUGCAUGUGUGGGACUCGCCGACAUUUGUACAAUUAGCAUACAAAAACAGGCGGGGGAGGGCGAGCAUUACUACCUUGUGUUUUACAUGGUACCCCCAGAGGCCACAUAUUCCUGUUGAUGCAGGUUGACAAACGUCUAUGACCAUCACCUUCAUGUCGUAUCUUAUUUCCGUGAGUGUAUUCCACGGCGGGUACGUUUUGGAAAAUAUAAAGUUGCCGGUAUAGGCGUGAUAGCUUGAUGCGCGGAGUGGUGCUACUUGAGGACUUAUUGUAACAGGCUGGGAAAGG